CUCUGUGUUACUUUAAAACUAUAAAAAAAAUGACCAGCCCUGCCAGAAAAUGGAGCCAACUAUGUGAACCAGUUAUCCUGCCCCGGAGACUCAAAGAACCCCAAUGACAAAAACAGUAAAGCAAAAGUCCCUCUGAUUGGUCAGUUGAAGUGGACGUCACAGAUACCACGUGACGAGCACCAGGAAGUGUAUCAAGUGUCAACAAUAAAAUGAUAGAGAUGUCCUCUUCAGACUGGCAGCUGUCAUUGAAGCUGGUGGAUCAGCCAAAAUCCAUCUUCCACUUCCCAGAGAUGAUGCCGGGGGAUGUUGCUCCUGGAGGAUACAGAGUCGCUACUUUAAAACAACUUGUGGCAGCACAGCUUUCAGACUCCAUCCCUGACCCUGAUCUAAUAGAGCUGGUCCACUGUGGGAGGAAACUGAAAGAUGACUUAACUCUGGAUGCCUGUGGGAUACAGCCGGGGUCCACCUUACACAUCCUCAAAAAGACAUGGCCUGAGCCAGAGAACAAUUCAGAGCCUGUGAACAGAGCGACAGCAGCCAGAGAAUUCAGGGUGUUUCAUGCUGCACUUCACUCUCUCAACUCUACCUACAGAGAUUCAGUAUAUAAAAUGCUGACGAAUAAAGAGUCUUUGGAUCAGAUCAUUGUGGCUACACCAGGGCUCCGAUCAGACCCCGUCGCCUUAGGGGUACUCCAAGACAAAGAUCUCUUUGUGCAGUUCACCGAUCCUAGCAUGCUGGACAUUUUGAUCAGUUCACACCCAGCCCUCGUCAACGCCAUCAUCCUGGUCCUGCACUCUGUGGCUGGCAGUAUGCCAGCCCAGUCCAAUGCGGGUUCAUCUCGCAAUGUCUCAGCCAGUUCUUACAGUGACAUGCCAGGAGGCUUCAUGUUUGAGGGCAUGUCUGAUGAUGAGGAAGAUUUCCAGACUGGGAGCCCAGCAGGACCCUCAAGCAGAGCAGGAGGCUCAGGAGGAAUGAGACCAGUGUCUUUAGGCCAUAGCGGUGCAACAGGACCUCGCCCAAUAACACAGAGUGAGCUAGCAACAGCUUUAGCCCUUGCUAGCACUCCUGACAGUAGUGCAGUCACUCCAACAACUUCAAGCCAGGCGGACCCCUCAAGUAGUGUGGCCCCCAUGCCAGCAGGGACACCGGUCAGUAACGAUCUCUUCAGCCAGGCUCUACAACAAGCUCUACAAGCCUCCAACAUGUCUGCUCUGCAGGGCCGAUGGCAGUCCCAGAUGCAGCAGCUCAGGGACAUGGGGAUCCAGGAUGAGGAGCUGAUGUUGAGGGCGCUGCAGGCUACAGAAGGUGACAUCCAGGCUGCCCUGGAGCUCAUAUUUGCUGGAGGCCCAGGACUCUGAACCCACACCCUAUGGACAAAGGCAAAUGGGGGGGAAACAAAAGGAAUAUUGUCCAGUCACUGCCCAGAAAAAAUAAAUUACUCUUUAGACAUAAA